AAGUCGGCUCCUUCCUAGUCAGCCUAGCGCCUACCUAAAAUUAAUUUCCAAGAAGAAACACGGAAGAACAAUGGCCGGAGGAGGAGGCGUCCUGUCUUCCAUGUUCACCACGAUGGUAGCCAAGCUACAUGGCUUGGCUUCACCGUCAACAAUAUCAUCUUCUUCUUCGUCGCCACACAACACUAUUGAACAAGAGAUGAGUAAGUUGACAGAGACGAUGAGGAGAAUCCAAGCCAAACUUGAUGACUCAGAGGAGGAGAAUUGUGUAAAAAGUCACUCGGAGGAGCUUUGGCUUAGCGAGCUCAAAGGUAUUGCCUAUGAUGCCGAAGACGUAGUAGAAGAGUACGAGUACGAGGUGUUGCGUUCCAAACAAUUGCAUGAGAACAACAGCGGGGCACAUGAGGAUGAACUAGCAAAUAAAGCCGCAGAGAUAAGGAAAAGGUUUGAUGAGAUCACCAAGGAGUGGAAACUCCUAAAGUUGCCUAAGAACGCUGGAAAAAGAAAGAGAAGCCCCGUGCUCUUAGAUAUGAACCGAGAAACAGGCUCUUUAGUGGUCGAAUCAGAUGUUCUUGGAAGAGAAGAGGAAAAGGAUAUGCUGGUUAAAUGGCUGCUGUCAGAGGAUGAUGAUACAACAGGAAAUGGAGUUUCUGUAAUUGCUGUAAUUGGGAUGGGGGGACUGGGUAAAACAACACUGGCUCAGCUUGUCUAUAAUGAUCAAAGAGUGAAAAGCUAUUUCGAUUUAACAGGAUGGGUCUGUGUAUCUGAAAAUUUUCAUGUUGUUAGUUUGACAGAGAAGAUCCUGCAAUCAUUUACAAAAGUGAAAGUUCAUGAAGAACUCGAUGAGCUCCAAAGUGCACUACAAGAGAAACUGCAGGGGAAAAGGUUCUUACUGGUAUUAGAUGAUGUUUGGAAUGAUAACUUUUGUCUUUGGGAACAAUUAAAAAAGCCGCUGCUAUCGGCUAUUGCAGGUAAAGUUAUAGUAACUACUCGGAAUCAUUCUGUUGCUCGUAUUAUGCAGACAACAAGAGACAGUCUGAAGUUGAAUGUCUUACCUUUUGAUGUGUGCUGGUCAUUGUUCAAGAAAGUCACUUUGGGAGGAGCGGAGAGAAGCUUACGUCCAGAUCUUGAAGACAUCGGUCGGAGGAUAGUAGAGAAGUGCAAAGGCUUGCCCUUGGCUGCCAAGUUGAUGGGGGGUGCUUUAAGAAAUGAAGAAGAUAAAGAAUCAUGGACGGACAUCAUAGAAAGUGAGAUAUGGAAGUUAGAUGACAGAAAUAUUGAAGUUUUACCAGCACUUCAAAUAUCAUAUGAUUGCAUGCCGAUACAACUUAAAAGAUGCUUCCAAUACUUUUCCUUAUUUCCCAAACUCAAAAGUGUAUCUUCAAAAAGAAUAGUCCAAUUAUGGAUGUCACAAGGUAUUUUUCCUCUUGAUGGAGAUAAGACGGCUGAGGACAUUGGCAGUGAUUACAUAAAAAGAUUGGUUGAGAGGUCAAUGUUAAAUCCUAAAGCAGGGUCUUAUUUUUGGAUGCAUGAUCUUGUUCACGAUCUUGCACAGUAUGUAGCGCAGGAUGAAUGCCUCUGUGUGAUUGAUGACAAUUUCGACAGAAAGAAAUUACAAGAGAUUCGACACUUAUCGUUCGAUAGUGAAAAUAUUAAGGUGAUCAAAGAUAUUAAUCUUCAACGACUAAAGCUUCUGCGGACAGUACUUCUUCUUAGAAACCCCUUUGAGGAGAUGAUUUUUAUUCCAAGACCUGCCAUAAAUUCUGGAGUCCUUGAGGAUCUUUUCGAAAAAUUGAAAUACAUACGAGCACUUUCUUUACACUCCAUUGGCAUCGCAGAGCUACCGGAUUCAUUGGGCAACCUCAAACUACUCCGUUACCUUUCUAUAGAAAACACUCAUGUCAGGAGUCUUCCAGAGUCCAUAUGCAACCUUUACAACUUACAAAUUCUCCAUGCUGGAACUGUUUAUAUACUCCCAAGGCACAUUGGAAAUUUGAUAAACCUACGUCAUCUUUGGCUUUCUCGAAAUGUUGACUUUCUUCCAUCUGGAAUUGGAAACUUGACCAACUUACAGACACUCAGCCACUUCAACAUCAGUCAUGAAGAAGAGCAUUGCCCUGGGGGAGAGUAUCCACUUUUUUGCCAUCAUGAAGAAGAGCUUUGCAACAUAUGAGAAUUGAAUAGUUUGAUGAAACUUGGAGGAAGUAUCUACAUUUUUAAUGUAGGUUAUUUGAACAAUUUUUCAAACUCAAAAUGCCCUCUGAAGACAAAAAAGUAUCUUGAUUCUUUGAAGUUAAAUUGGUGUGCUUGGUAUGACAAUGUUUUUGACUAUUCUGAAAAAAAUGAAAAGAAGGUACAGUUGCAACUCGAGUACCUCGAACCGCAUGUCAAUCUCAAGAGCCUUAAAAUAACCAAAUAUCCAGGUGUCAAAUUUGUUGGAUGGGUGGGCGCUUCAUCCUUCACUAAAUUGAUCAAGUUGAUUCUAAAAGAUUGUAAGAAUUGUAGUAAACUUCCACCGUUGGGUCAACUUCCUUCUCUAGAAGAGCUUGAGAUAGCUGGGAUGGAUGGCGUACAACAUGUGGGACGUGAAUUUUGCUCCAUGCUAAUACCAUCUCCAUCUUCUCAGGUAGAGCUUAAUAUUUGGCAGAUGGAUGGCGUUCAACAUGUGGGAUCUGGAAUUUCCUCCACGCUAGAGCCAUUUUCAUCUUCCUACAAAAUUGCAUUUCCCUCUCUUAAAUUAUUGCUAUUUAGCAGAAUGAAAAAUUGGAAAGCGUGGGAUGGAAUACAGAGUGGAGAUUUCCCCAAUCUCCAUGUUAUUGAAAUUUAUGAAUGUUCAAAGCUGAUCAACUUUCCAAAGUGGCCCUUGUUGCCUUGGGUGAAAGAAAUGGUAUUAGUUAGUUGUGGUGAACUUGAUGUUCCAUGUUGGUUUUCACUGACAAAUUUAAAAAUUGGCAUCAGUAGUCAGGAACAUAGUGAGUGGAUGUCCAAGUCUUGCUUUCCAAUUCUUCAACACUUGAUAUUAUUCAUUAAAGAAGUGAAAUCAGUUCGUCUGUCACAGGAACGAAUACCUUCACUGAAGACUUUAGAGAUUAGAAACUCUCCAACAUUGAGAGUUGUUGCAGGGUUAAAAAACCUCACCUCCUUGAAUUCUUUAAUUAUAGAAGCAUGCCCUAAUCUUGAGUUCAAGGGGUUACCAGCCACCCUCGAACAAGUGAAGCUCUACCGUUGUAGUUUGUUUGAGAAGGGGUACAAAGAACGACAGCAUAUGCCAAAUGACUUGGUAUGGAAAACAUACGCCCUCUCUUUUCAAUAUACAAAUACUUUUUUUUUAAUAAAUCAUAAAGUCAUUUAUAUGCAUCAUUGUCUUUCCUUUUGUGUGUGCUUUGUCUAUGUUAUCAUUGAUAUAUAGAUGAUAGAGGCACACAAUUCCGAUGAUGAAGAUGAAGAUGAAGAUGAAGAUGAAGAGGAAGAGGAGAUGGAUGUCAAUGA